UCGGGGGCGGAGCGUAGGGUGGGGAGCCCGUGUUAUUGCUCCACUUUCUGGCUCCAGUCUCUGUCUUUCUUCAUCUGGGGGCUUGGACCCUCAGUGCCGACAGGAGCUGGAACUGCAGUCCAAGAACCAGAUGGUGAUGAACUGCUUGCACAUAACUUCUUGCCAGUGGGCCUCCUUCAGGUUCAAGGAAAAACUCUAGAUGCUUCAGAGAAUAUCCAAGCAAGUUUACAAUUAGCAGAUGGCAGCACAAUGUGUAACAAAGGUGGAGCUGACCAUCGCCUGCAACAAUCUCCUGGAUAAAGAUGUUGGUUCAAAGUCAGACCCUCUGUGUGUACUUCUCCAUAAUACAAGUGGGCAGCAGUGGUAUGAGGUUGAUCGCACAGAAAGGGUUAAGAAUUCCUUGAACCCGAAGUUCGCCAAGAGGUUCCUAAUUGAUUACUACUUUGAACUGGUUCAGAAGUUUAAAUUUGGGAUUUAUGACAUUGACAACAAAACCAUUGAUCUAAGCGAUGAUGACUUCCUGGGAGAAUUUGAAUGCACUCUGGGACAAAUAGUCUCCAGCAAGACGCUGACAAGACCAUUAAUGUUUAAAAAUGGUAAACCUGCAGGGAAAGGAAGCAUUACGAUUACAGCAGAAGAAGUAAAGGAUAAUAGAGUGGUCUUAUUCGAAAUAGAAGCAAGGAAACUAGACAAUAAGGAUUUUUUUGGAAAGUCAGACCCUUUUUUGGAGUUCCACAAGCAGACCUCAGAAGGAAACUGGGUGAUGGUUCACAGAACUGAGGUUAUAAAAAACAACUUGAAUCCUGUCUGGAAGCCCUUUAAAAUAUCCCUCAAUUCUCUGUGUUACAGUGAUAUGGAUAAAACAAUCAAGGUAGAGUGCUAUGAUUAUGACAACGAUGGGUCUCAUGAUCUCAUUGGGAGUUUUCUAACCACAAUGUCAAAACUGAAGGAAGCUUCUCGAUCCUCACCGGCUGAAUUUGAAUGCAUCAAUGAGAAGAAGAGACAAAAGAAGAAAAGCUACAAAAAUUCUGGUGUCGUGAGUGUGAAACACUGUGAGAUUAUAGUGGAAUGCACAUUCCUUGAUUACAUCAUGGGAGGAUGUCAGCUGAAUUUCACCGUGGGGAUAGAUUUUACUGGCUCCAAUGGGGACCCUCGCUCACCAGACUCUCUACAUUUCAUCAGCCCUAAUGGGGUUAAUGAAUACCUGACAGCCAUUUGGUCUGUAGGAAUGGUCAUUCAGGACUAUGAUGCAGAUAAAAUGUUUCCAGCCUUUGGAUUUGGUGCACAGAUUCCACCUUCCUUUCAGGUAUCUCACGAGUUUCCGUUAAACUUUAACCCAUCAAAUCCAUUCUGCACUGGAAUCCAAGGCAUUAUUGAUGCAUACCGGGCCUGCCUUCCUCAAAUAAAAUUAUAUGGGCCAACCAAUUUUUCUCCAAUAAUAAACCAUGUGGCUAAAUUUGCUGGUGCAGCUGCACAGCAACAGACAGCAUCACAAUAUUUUGUGCUCCUAAUUAUCACGGAUGGUGUGAUAACAGACCUUGAUGCAACCAGAUCUGCCAUAGUUAACGCCGCAAAGCUUCCCAUGUCCAUUAUCAUUGUUGGCGUUGGAGGAGCUGAUUUCAGUGCCAUGGAGUUUCUUGAUGGUGACAAUGGAAGUCUCAGGUCCCCAACUGGAGAGCCAGCUAUCAGAGACAUUGUACAGUUUGUGCCAUUUAGGCAGUUCCAAAGUGCUCCCAAAGAAGCUCUGUCUCAGUGUGUCCUGGCAGAAGUGCCUCAGCAAGUGGUAAACUACUUCAGCACGUACAAACUGCAGCCUCCCAAGAAUCCUGCUGCAAAGUGAGAGAGCACUGAGUGGGAGAGGCGAAUGAGGGUAACCCAGUUGGGAUUCCUGCAACUCCCACAUGUCAAUGGACUUGGGUCUUGAGACUUUUUUUAUACAUUGAUUCAUACAUGUUAAUGUCUGUUUGCUUUUGCAUGGAAACAUACUUUGCCAGUGUUUUUUACUUGAGACAAAGAUGUAUCCCAGUUUAAUACUCAUGUUGAUUAUGAUAAAGGCUCCAGCUGGGCAAAUUUGGUAGAAAAUAACAUUGCAAGAAACUGAAUAUGAAAAUCAUGACUAGACUGUGCCAAGUUGUUGGGUGUAGUGCUGCUGCAUUGUGCAGCAUGGCUGGUGUAAUAUGGUCAGCAAGCUGGCUGAACUGCUCCAGGGAGAUUCAUCCCAAUGUGACAUGGUUCUUCAGUGUUGUAGAGCUGAUGUAGCGGGGGUAGGCAAACUUUUUGGCCUGAGGGCCAUAUUGGGGUUGCAAAACUGUAUGGAGGGCUGGGUAGGGAAGGCUGUGCCUCCCCAAACAGCCUGGCUGCCAGCCCCUAUCUGCCCCCUCCCACAUCCUGCCCCCCACUCAGAACCCAUGACCUAUCCAACUCCCCCUGCUCCUUGUCCCCUGACUGCCUCCUCCUGGGACCCCUCAGGACUCCCACACCUCUCCAGCCCCCCCCCCCCCGACCUCUAUCCACACCUCCACCCUCUGACAGGCCCCCUGGGACUCCCAUGCUUAUCUAACUGCCCCUGUUCCCCAGCCCCUGGCUGCCCCAGAACUUCUGCCUCAUCCAACCGCCCCCUGCUCCCUGUCCUCCCCCCUGGAACCCUCCGCCCCUUAUCCAACCUCCCAGCCCCCUUACCAUGCCACUCAGAGCAACAUGUCCAGCAGCCGUGCCGCGUGGCUGGAGUAGACACACUGACGCUCUGCUUGUCAGAAGCAUGCCAUUCCACCAUCCAGAGCACUGCCCACACGGUGGCGUAGCUGCAGGGAGGCGGGACAGCAGGGACAGGGCUGGGGGCUAGCCUCCCUGUCCGGGAGCUCAAGGGCUGGGCAGGACAGUCAAGGGCUGUAGUUUGCCCACCUCUGGCCUACAGGGAAGGGUAUUCCAAAAGAACACUGUUGGCCUUCAGUGCAGAUGCUGUAAAGAGUUUUAAGAUUUAUAUAACAAUUUACUGUGCUGGAAAACUACAAAUACAGAUCACUUUAUGCAAAGCUAUCACAUGUGACUAUUAAUUGACCUUAGUGGUUAAUAGUACAAAUUCCAUUGCUAAAGAGGAAAACAAAACUUUUCACUCUUUAAAAUUAAAGUUGCUUUAUAUAUAUUUUUUGCAAUUGUAUCUUCUCAUAUGCAAAGAGCUUUUGAAAGGACUACAGAAUGUGCCAUUUUAAUUUGUUUUGUGCAGAUUUUUAGAUGCCCCCUAGUUAGCUUUAAAGUGAGUGAUCUUUUAUUUUGAUGGCAGUACUCUCUCAGCUACAUUGUAUUAGUGGUGACCUGCAAUUAAUUUUUUUGAAAAAAUUUGUUUUGUACCUUUUUUGUUCAUGGUAUACUUAUAAGGCUGAAAAAAAACUUUUCUGCUUGCCUUUUUUAAAUCUUUACAUCAUGCCUGGUCUGUCUUGGUUUUACUAGAGGACUACUGGGAGGUCUCUGUAUAUUGUGACCUCUCAUUGGAGUAGAAAGGGUGGGGAUUUGAAUUAUUAAUGUCCUCCCAUUCUUUUCAAAUAUCAAUUAGGCAUUGGUGUUAACAAACACUGACUAGUUUUAAACUAACUAUUAAUCUUGACUCACACUUACUCAGAUUUCAUUCUCUUAUGUUAAUUUUAUUAGUUCCCCAAUUGCAAUAGGGCAGAGAACUAGAAUUUCUAAGGUCAGACACUAGAAGGGGAACUUUUUUUUUGUUUUUUGUUUUAAACAAAACCCUUUCAGGCCUGUAGGUACAACUCAGAAGCAAAAAAGGCACAAGGCUCUUUCCUUUGCAGAUCAUUUUUAUGGAUGCUGUUCUGCAACUACUCAAGUGCAUCGCUCCCAUUGACUUCCAUAGGAGUUCUGUGUGCAAGGUCACUGCAGAAUCAGACACUGAAUUUGGAAGUUUUUCUUUGUGCUUACUGUAUUCACCAGUGCAGAUCUCUCUCACACUCAACUAUGUGCUCAACUCCUAGCUUGCUGAAUCCUACUACACUAUAGUGUCACACCUAGGCCAGUGCAGCUGCUGAUGGGGGGGUUUCCCCCUGAAGGACUUCUAUUUUUUUUAAAUAAUGUAUCUUAGGAAAGACUCUCCAUCCCAGCAUGUAAUCCUGUUAAGUUUUAUUGCUGUUCUUGAGUCCUCUCUCUUUUUUUGGUUGGAUUUUUCUCACUGGCAUUUGCCUUGCAGAAUUUAAAGAAUCUGGAAAUUCUGUCUCUAGUGGGCAGCUCAAACUUUCCAGGCUCUAGCUCUUGCCCUCUGACUUGAACUCUUAUCUUCCCUUCUUUUCUCACAUUCCACUUAUGUCCUGGGU